UUACUAAUUGGCACACCAGAAGGGUGGGCGGGGCUUACAACGAUCCCUUCAAAGUUUAGCGUCGUUUUAUUUAUUAAGCGUCUCCUGUAAAACCUUUAAAACAAAUGUUUGUUUGAGCCUAAACCCACAUUUAUGAACGAGCUCAAGUAAAGAGGACCGGUUUCGCUUUCCUUUAGACUGGCUCCUACGUGAAGGUCGGUAGCACAGAGGAUUUGUUUCUUCAUGUUUUCCAGCUGUUAGCAAAAACAGCUAACGGUCAAUAAAGCCACAACACACUCUGUGUGUCCUUAAGCUAUUGAAGUUAGUUCUUUAUUUAGAAUACAUACGCAUUUCGGGGAUUCUUUAAAAAAAUGACUCACGGCAAUGACAUGCAAAGACUGUAAGCGGAAGUGAACCCAACCACCACGCAUUUCGAUCGUUAAAAGUUGAUUGCUCAGAAAGAUGGUUUAAUCUGCGCAGUACUGUUGGAAUCCCACACAAAGAUUAAUGGAGAAAAAUGGCUCGCAUCUCAUGGGACAGUUUAAGCUCAUUACCGGGCAUCCCCCUCAGUGUGCUGUCGGUGCCUAUGGAAGAUAAAUACAAAUGUCAGCAAUGUCUCCAGGUCUUGAGGAAGCCCGUGCAGGCGCAAUGCGGUCACCGCUUUUGUGUGCACUGCUUCAGGCAGCUCACCAGUUCUGGCCCAAAGCCCUGUCAAGCCUGUCGGAAGGAAGAGAUCUAUGAAGAACCUAUGUCUAUUCUAAAUAGUAGUGAGGCAUUUCCAGACAAUGCAGCUGGCAGGGAAAUAGCGAGUCUUCCCGCCAGAUGUUUAAACCAAGGCUGCGACUGGACUGGAUCCAUUAAAGAGUAUGAGGCAAAGCACGAAGGCCGCUGUGAAUUUGAGCAGAUCCAGUGCGAGGCCUGUCAGGCCCUCGUCCUGCGUAAAGACAAGGACAGGCACAACGACAGGGAGUGUGAAGAAAGAACCCUCAACUGUAAAUACUGUAAAGUAACAUUCAACUUCAAAGACAUUAAGGCUCAUGAUGAAAUCUGUCAGAAAUUUCCUUUACAAUGCAAGGACUGUGGGAAAAAGAAGAUACCAAGAGAAAAGUUUAACGACCAUGCAAAGUCCUGCGCCAAGUCAAAGAGCGCCUGCCCCUUCAGUGAAGUGGGCUGUAAGUCUGUGGUAGAAAACGGGAAGAUAAGUGAACAUGAACACAGCAGCACCAUGGAGCACUUGCGUCUUCUGCUGCCCAUGGUGCUUUCCAUGACCCGAACUCGCUUGGAUACCUCUCCAUCUGGGGAGUGGCAGGAGGAUUCGGGGCUUGGUCUCUACAGGGCUCCCGAUGACGGCUGCGGAGCUGCAGCCUCUGUGCCGUCUGUGGACCUGGACAAAAAAGUGAGCGCUUUAGAAAACAUCGUGUGCGUCCUGAACCGCGAGGUGGAGCGCAGCUCCCUGACGCUGGAGGCGUUCUCACACCAGCAUCGUUUAGACCAAGAAAAGAUUGAAAAUUUAUCCAACAAAAUACGGCAGCUGGAGAGAUCCCUGACCGUGAAGGACCUGCAGCUGUCCGAGGCGGAACAGAUGGUGCGGGAGCUCCAGUACUGCACCUACGAUGGGAUAUUCGUGUGGAAGAUCACAGAUUUCUCCCACCGCAGGCAGGAGGCAGUGAGCGGCCGAGCACCAGCGAUGUUCUCACCAGCGUUUUACUCCAGCAAGUACGGCUACAAAAUGUGUCUGAGGCUAUAUUUGAACGGUGAUGGGACCGGUCGCGGCACCCACCUCUCGCUCUUCUUCGUCGUCAUGAGGAGCAAAUACGACGCCUUGCUGAAAUGGCCGUUCAGUCAGAAGGUGACGCUGAUGCUGUUGGACCAGAACAACAGGGAGCACAUUAUCGAUGCUUUCCGCCCCGACAUCACCUCCACCUCCUUCCAGCGGCCCGUCAGCGAGAUGAACAUCGCCAGCGGCUGCCCGCUCUUCUGCCCGCUGGCCAAACUGGCCGGAAAGAGCCCAUACUUAAGAGAUGACACCAUUUUCAUCAAAGCCAUUGUAGAUCUAUCGGGCUUAUAAGGUGCAGGCUGUGGAAGCUACACCGAAGUCUAAAUAUACAACUACAAAUGAACAGAAACCUGCUGAAUAUAUAGAAAUAUGAACACAUGCAUACUAUGAUAGAAAACUAUUAUUAUAUUAAACAUAUCUUAAAUACUACUAUAAUAUAGAUACACCCCGCUACUGGCGUGGAGUCAUCUGAAUAAAACCGUUGCAUCUAAAUUUGAUGCGACUGAUGUAAACAUACUAUAUAAACUCUUUUAGUAAUACAAAUGAUUAACCCACUAAUUCUCUAUAUCUACCUUAACUAGUGCAGUUUAUUCUGCUGAAGUAGCAUCACCUGUAACAAAGCAAGAACGUGAUAGAACUUUCUGCUUGAUAACCUCUCAUGUACAAUUUUUUAUAUAAAUGAUUUAAAAAAAUGUUGCAACUUCUACAGUUAAACUUACUAGAAAGAUGAGGGUUUUUAAUGAAUGCUGAGAUAUUUAUGCUUUAGCAGUUUAACCCUUAAACCAGUUAAUAGGAAAGAGAUUAUUUUUUAUUAGUAUUUUUGUUUUGGGGAAAAUCUGAAUAUACGGCUUGAUAUUUAAUACCAAAUGAAAGAAAUGUACAUUGUUGUGUUUCUGUUCUAAUUAACACUGCACAUUGUGGUACUGUUGCACAAAAGGCUCCAUUCUAUUAAAUCACUCAAACCCCAAAAUAUGUUUAAGUCAACAGAAA